AUGGCGACAUCCAACCCUUACGGCACCGGGAAAUACAAGACCAAUGUGGGAAGAGCAAUCUCGAAGAAAUGGAAAGAUCUCCGCCAGGUGAACUAUGAGGGUUCGGACUGGGGAGACGAUGAUGAUUAUGAUGAGCCUGAGCCUGUGUCCGCGGACAACCCUCGACAUCCUGCAUGGGGCGCACCGUCCGGCAUCUAUCCCUCCAAUCGAAGCUUUACCAAUCCUUCCCCUCCUCGGACCGGCCAACGACCCUCAUUCGAUCGGGGCGAUGAAAGGAGACAGCUCUCUUCCUCUGCUGGCUUUGAAUCAGCAUACCCCACAACCCAGCGUUCGCCUUUCCCAGAGUCUCAUCAUGACUAUGAAACACCUGCUACAAAUUAUGGAAUGCAGGCCUCUCUUCGUUUGAAUACCCAGGGACAGGGUCCUAUGCCUCCAGGUGGCUUCCGUCCAGGCUCAAGGGGGAGACAAUAUCCGCCAUAUGAAGAUGUGCCUUUCUCAGCUCCAGGCAGCUUCCCGCAGCAAAGCCUCCCUGCCUCGGGCAACCGACCUCCUCUGAGUGACAUGUAUCAGCGUCACGAAAGUCCCAGGAGACCAGACAGCCGUUCUUCCAAUGCGUCUCACCGACAAUUCCCUCCGCGCAAAGCAAGUUUAAGCCAACAGCCAUCUCAGCCAGAUUUUAUGCGACCCAGCGAUUCGCCAGUGCCUUCUACAUCUUCAGGACCUCGCAGUAGCAUUGAUGAUCGUCCUCCACCAGUCUUCAUCCGACCAUCAGAUAUUUACAAGCGUAUGCCAGAAGAGAUGGAGAAAGUGCGCAAGUCGCAAGAGUCAUCUCGCCCAAGCAUUGAUUCAGCGUCGAACCCGGCUAGAGAUCGCUCUGUUGGUGGUCGCUCGACUUCCACAGAUCCCAAGGAAUCUACAGGCGCUAUGCAGACAGCAAUGGACGACUCGGAUUCUACCCGUCGCCUGAAACCCACCUUGGACACGGUGCCGGAGCGCAAAAGCGAGUAUGGGUUCGACAAUCUGGUGAAAACACCAACUGAUGACAGCCAACAGCCGGAGGAAACCAGGACCGACGAAAACACUGUGGGGGUAUCUAGACAUGAUACUACUGCGUCAUCAGUUUAUACCGAUCGACCAGACCCUGUAUCUGCUUCGAGCAUCUCUCGUAAUGUAUCAAUUACCGAAGACAUUCCUCAGACGGAUCAAUCGUCGAAUGUGCAGGGCUCCUUCGGACUGCCUUCAAUCGACAGAAUGUCUGGAUUUGGUGUGGACCUCGGUGUGAUGGGGAAGUCGGCGCCGGAACCUAUACCCAAGAUGGCGCAGUCGUCCAGCGAUGGAUCAGUACAAGUGUCCUCGCAGAUAAACGCCGUUGACAAGAGUGGUGCUGAACCAGCAGGGCAGAGCUUGCAGCACCAACCAACCCUCGGUUACAGAUCUGUUGUCCAGCAGGCUUUCGAUCAGAGCGGGAAUCAGUCACCCUUUUCUCCCACCUCUACAUCAGGGACUGUUGAUCGAUCAAAUAGUGCCUCAACUACAGAUAUCAGCCCCAUAAUAAGUCGCAGACAUGAACCGGUCCCUGCUCCCUUCGUCAUCCAGACCGUAGAGGCCACCAUCCCCGAAGAGUCGGCGCAUUUAGAAUCUCGUCCGACAUCAACCACGACGUUGAAGCCUGGCGAGGUACAGCCGUCUCAGGGCGAAGACCUUUCUCAACCACCUUUUAUCCGUUCUGGGUAUCGGCGAGACGUCAAUCCUCCAAGUCGCGACAACAGUCCUGCAAAGAAACCCCUCGAAGUUGGGCCUCAGAAACUCCCACAACCACAACAUGGCUCAGUUGUUGAUGAUAAACCUACACAAGAUGUACCGGACGAACCAGCUCGUGGUAGAGGACUGGGAGUCAAGCCGCUUCCUCCAGAACCUAAACAAGAAGUGGCAGAUGACCCCCCACUCAAGUCGAGGUCAAACACUCCGCCAACAACUGCGGCCAACGAUACUGCAGCCAAACCAGAAUCGAGUCCUGGUAGGUUAAGUCCCGGCAUUCUAGAUGCCCAAGCGCCACCGUCAAAUAUCGGGCAAGGACGCCCAUUGCCCCAAACGCGGCUAGAGAGUUUUCGUCCUGUAAUUCCUGGGGGGUGGCAGUCAUACGGCUCAUCCGCAGGAUCAGCAACUCCUGGCACAAGCACGCCUUUACAAGCUCAGAGAAAUAUUUCAUUACCCCUGCCUCCAUUUACUCAAAGCCGAGUGGAUAGCACCGAGAGCAUACCAACCGCCCGUGCCCCGAUAAGUAUCACUUCUGAUGGCGACGGCGUCACCCAGAAAGCCUUCGCCGCGGCUGCGUCUGCUGGGAGUGCUCUAGCUGGCGCAUUGGCUGGCCACCGACUGACUGAACAAGCGGAAGGGUCUCACGAACCGUCAGAAGAAGAGAGCGCAAAUGAAUGGGACGCGUCGAGUUCGUCAAGCGAGGAGGCAGAGCCAGCAUCAUCCGACACAGCGCCGGCGAAGCAGAGCAACAAGCACCGUGUCGAGCAUGGACAAGAGAUCCCUGUGACAAGAACCAAAUCCGGGGCAGAAACCACCCCGAUUCAGCCUCCGCCUGUGUUGUGCUCAAGGACAUCAUCAACCACAACCUCUGCCGAGGCGGGGGUAUCCCGUUCAGACGUUGACUACAUACCCGCCCCUUUGCGGACCAGUCGGCUGAUUGAUACGUCGGGUCCUCGUCCACCGAUCCCUAAUGUCUCAAUGCCACAAGAUACUCCAACUGAGAGCGACAAUGAGCGAUUACAACAGGAAAUUGUAAAGAGUUUAACCCCCAAAUCAUCAAAUUUGGAAGGGCAAGCUGGUGAAGGAGACAGACAAUCCCAAGAAACAACUUCUCAGGCUGUCACUGAUGCAGAAGCUGGGCCUAGGAGACUCGCUCCCCUACAAGUCAUCACCCCUCAGUCAACAGGAACAAUGUUGAGCAAUGAUAAAAAUUUGACGGGCCCUGACCGAUCACGAGUUGAAUCCACGGCAACACCUCCACAACCUUCCACUUCAAUUCCCCGGGACGCGCCUAUACCACCGAUCGUUAACGCAGAUAUAAGGGCCACCGGCCAAACAGAGUCUCCUCUUGAGCAAAGAUUGCCAACAGCUGGCAAACCAUUCCUCCAACAGCGGUUCUCUUGGGAGACGGGCAGCUCCCAACCGCCCUCUGCGUCGACACCUAAACAGUUGAGCCCCCCAUCUACGAGUUCUCCAGAUACGAUUACAGCUCAGAUCCCACCUGCGCCCAGCUCUCCCGAAUCGGCUCGAAUGAGCAUUGAGGUCAAUCAACCUAUAGCUAGACAAACAACUCUGCCCUCUCUCCAGCCAAUCCAAACGGUACAAGCCACUAGAAUACCCAUAACUAAUGCAGAAGCAUUCCAGUCUCCACAACAACCCCUCAGCGCUCCGCCGACUUUCCGUACGAUUAUGAAUCUUGGUUCGCCAGUAGAACGCAUCAAAGCAUUCGAUAACAGCAGGCAAUUCUAUGCCGCGCCGAACGAGCAGCUGGAGAACUGGCUGUUGUCUAUGAGGACCCCGGAAAAUUCUGAACUAUUUGCUACGAAUGGGCGGCUUUCACUGGACGCGGCCGAGAGCACCACUGCGCAUAAACCAUCGCCGCGACGAAUGUUGACAGAAUCGGCUGGACACAUGCAAGAGGAUGGAAAGAGGCUAAUGGCAGCUGCUGGACGAUUCGGUGGCAAAGCGGGCAGUGCCGCCAAAGGUCUAUUUGCGAAAGGAAAGGAGAAGAUGCGUCACGCGAGCUCCGGCGAAAAGGUAGUUCAUUGA